AUGGCCACUAUCGACACAGACUCUGCGGCCGGAUUGCACGACGCAAGCUUCGACUUCGUCAUCGUCGGCGGCGGGACAUCAGGCCUCGUAGUCGCCAACCGUCUCAGCGAAGACCCCAACGUGCGAGUCCUCGUGCUAGAAGCUGGAACGAACCGAGUAAACGACCCUCGAAUCAAAAUUCCCGGACUCGCCGCGACGACAUAUGAGAACCCUGAUUUUGACUGGGACUUUCGGUCGAUUCCGCAAGAACAGCUCAAUGGCCGCACACUCCUCGGGACAAAAGGGUGCACCCUCGGCGGGUCCUCAGCAAUAAACCUUGGAAUGGUCGUAUACCCCUCACGCACGGGGCUGUCCGCCUGGGAGGCAUUAGGAAACCCCGGAUGGGGCUGGGAGGACUUCGAGCCCUAUGUGCGCAAGUUCCACACGGGGACUCCACCGUCAGAGACCGUGCGCGCCUUCUUCGCGGGGAUGGUGUCCGAGAAAGAAGACCAGGGCAGUGAUGGGCCUGUCCAAGUCUCGUUUGGUGAUCAGUACAUGCCGUACCAUGGUGCAUGGCUUCGCGCAUUUGAGGCCCUGGCAUGGCCGCAGACGGAGGAUCCCAUUAAGGGUGGUCCUGCUGUUGGACCUUUUGUUACGCCUGGAGCUGUUGAUCCGGUCACGCAUACUCGGAGCCAUGCUGCUGCGGCGUAUUUGGGUCCUGAUGUGCUGCGACGCGAGAAUCUUCGUGUCGUCACAGGUGCCCGGCUUGAGAAGGUCAUCUUUGAUACCUCCUCCGAGGCACUCACCGCGACAGGCGUAACCUUCACAAAGGACGGCCAACCAUACACCGUCACAGUAAACCACGAGGUAAUCCUAGCAGCUGGCGCAACCCAAACCCCACAACUCCUCGAGCUCUCCGGCAUAGGAAAUGCAUCGCUCCUGAAAUCCCACGGGAUAACGCCCCUGAUAAACCUCCCCAGCGUCGGCGAAAACCUCCAGGAUCACGGCAACAUCGCGUUCGGAUACGAGGUCGCAGACGGGAUGCCCUCGGGCGAUAUGGCGCGAGACCCCGCCGUCGCAGCCGCAGCCAUGGCCGCGUAUCAGAAGGAUGGCUCGGGACCACUGGGCAUGGUCGCGAUGGUUUCAGCAUUCAUGCCAUGUCUCGAUUUCCCUGGCACCGAGCGCGAGAAUCUCCUCUGGAAAAUCAACACCUCGCUAAAUGACGCAUCCCUUCCAACCAUGUACCGAAAGCAAUAUACCAUCCUCCGGGACAUGCUCAAGGAUCCCAACGAGCCAACGGCACAAUACGUCCUCGCCCCCUUCCAGAUCCUCCCCCGCGCGGGUCCGAGUCCCCGAGAUAUCUUCAGCAUGAGUCACCCAGGAAACUUUAUCAGCAUCACCUCUUUGCUAAGCCACCCGUUCUCACGGGGCUCCGUGCAUCUCGCCUCGUCGGAUCCCACCGCAGCACCUGUAAUCGACGCCGCUAUACUCCGCCACCCCGCAGAUCUAGAACUCCACGCGCGCCACAGUAUCUGGAUGGAGAAGAUCGCGGAGGCGGAGCCUAUGGCAUCGCUCCUGAAACCCGGUGGGGAUCGUCUGCAUACGCCGCAGAAACUCGACGCCACGGACCUUGAGCGCACGGAGGAGUUGUGUAAAGAGCUCGUUCUUUCGAUGUACCAUGUCUGCGGGACGUGCGCGAUGAUGCCCCGUGAGGAUGGGGGAGUUGUUGAUCCGAGGCUGAAGGUCUAUGGGACGCAGAAUGUGCGUGUUGUCGAUGCGAGUGUGUUUCCGCUUGUUCCCCGCGGGAAUAUCCAAGCGAUGGUCUUUGCGGUUGCGGAGAAGGCGGCGGAUCUUAUCAGAGAGGAUUUGCUGCGGUGAGUUGGUGGAUUUGUAUUUGGGGAGGAGGUUUGUGGUGUAGAAUGAGGACGGUGUGUUAUUUACCCUCGUACUUUAGUGCUUGAUGAGUGCCUAGUGUUAGGAGGAGCUUGCUUGUUUUCUCUCUUACCUGAGCUCGAGGGGCUACUUGUGAUCUGUCUUUCCCUGAGUUCGAGCUUGCUCACUGGCAC